AUUAAAUGCUCAGUUUCAGUUUCUACAGUCCUAUUUCCUUCAUGAUCGUCUUCCAUUAGUUUUUCCGCGUUUAUUCUUUGCUUCGAAGAUUUCAACUCUUUUGACUUGUUACAAUGUACACAGAAUUGACUGCUGCAGUUUUUGUAAAUACGUAGAGAAUAAGGUUCUUGCGAUGAGACUCAGUUUUCCUGCAACGUAGCCGUCAUUUGUAUGUUAUCAUUUGGACAUUUCGUUUGCAGGACAACACUGAGGGAAAUAAAACUUUCGACGAUGAAUUACGCACUCUCGUAAUGAACCACAAGAAUGACGAACUCAAGUCCAUAUUGAAAACAUUGACUCCGUCGCGAAUAAUUGACAACGAAGGCAUGACGCUUCUGCAUCUGUCAGCCAGAUAUGACAAUUUGGAGAUGAUCAAGUUCUCACUGGUCUCGGGAUGCGACCUCAAUGCCAAAAAUUCCUCCGAGGCGACGCCCCUUUUCUUGGCGAUCCUACACAACAACUUCGCGGCGGCGAGACUUUUGCUGGAUGCUGAGGCUGACGCGCUCACAACCGACUGCGACGGGAAGAAUACGCUGCAGCUGCUGACCGAGAAGAAGCGGGUGCCGACGGACUUCGUCGAGUAUUUCUUUGUCAAGCUGACUAGCAAGGGUGUCGACGCGGAGGACAAGGCCGACAUCCUCACGAGGGCUGGCUGCUCGCUGGUAUACGUGGUGCUGUACGUGAAGGACGCCGGAAUAAUCCAGGCGCUGCUGCGGCGCAAAUGCUGGAUCAGCCAUCACGAGUCCAGCGUCGCGCUGAAGCACGUCGUCAAUUCGGUGGACUUGCAGAAUCUGCGGGUGCUGGUGCAUCACGGCCCCGGGGCAGCCAAGAGAAAGAAGGAUUUUUUCAAAUGUUUUUACCGCAAGCUCGUCAGCGGCUGCUCGAAGCUGGCGCUCGUGAGGUCCGUCGUGGCGGACUUGAUCAACUGGUACGUCGACGAGGCGUUGCUUCAGUUCCUGCAGAACGUGUUCGAGAAGAAGCCCAAGGAGGUCGUGCAGCUGUUCGUGCAGUGCAGCAUCGACGUGCGCGUGACGAACGUCUCCGGGCAAAAUCUGUUGGCGCACCUGUUCGGCAAUCCCAACCGCGGUGUGAUCAAGCUGCUGAGGAAUCGGCAGUUCGACGUGAACACGCGUGGCAGAGGGGGCAUGAGCGCCCUGCACGUGGCGGUGAUGAACGGGCUGGAGGGCAACGUCAAGUACCUGCUCGGCAUGGGCGCCGAUCCGAAUGUCAAGGACGAUCGCGGGAGAACGCCCCUGCUCUGCUCGAACGCGUGGCUCAGCCAGCCGAUCGCCGAGCAUCUGCUGCUGGAGCGAGAGAGCGACGCCGAGCAAGCCCAGCAAGCCACUCAAAACGAGUGCAUCGCCGAGCUGCUGCUGCGGUACGGCGCUGACUUGCAAGUGGUCGACGACAGCGAACGCACCGUCAUCGAAGUCUUCUACUACCUGUCCUCAAUGGAGCCGAUCCUGGCGCGACUGGCUAUUGCCGAGUGCCAGGGUGCCCAGAUUCAGCGGCUCAUUCGCGAGAGGAUCGACGCCAAGGAGGGCUACCGAGAUUUCUACGACAACUGCUUGCUGCAGGUCCAGGCCUUGAGGAAGUACAAAAUCAACCGGGGCGUCACGUUGCUCGACGCCUUCACCAGGCGAGCCGACAAAAUCGACGUGCGAAGUCGUCGGACCAUCGACGCUAUGCUCGAUUACUGUGACAAAUUUCACUUUCACCGGGUCUACUCGGAGCCGCUGAAGCUCAAGCUGGAGAAGGCUUUGAAGAUAUACGAGGCAAGGUGUCGAGCCGCUGUCGUCAUUGCCGAAAGCACGGACAUGUUAAUCGAUCCUAAUCACCUGGCAACGGAAAUGAUUGUUAGUUUCUUGACUGACGAAGAUUUGGCGGUCUUUCAGUGAUGGGCGACUCUAUAAUUUUCUUAUUUUCAGGAAUAGUUGACGUGUAUCUGUUGUAUACGACAUUUUAGAAUAUGCUCUACAUUUUUAUUCAAAAAGACAAUACUACUAAUUGGAACUUCGCGUAUUGAUUGUUUAUUGAACUCUUUCGUCGUGACCAUAUCUUUAAGAUAAUUACGUUUUCUCUCAGUAGAAUUCAAUUAAUUAAUUAGGGACAAUAGUCCUCUGCCAUCGAUGAACCUGACACUCAAAUGAAAUAAUAAUACAAAAGAAUUGUUCAAAAAAUUAUUCGGAAAUCACAACCUUUUCUAGACAUGUAUUGCCAAUAUCGUACAUGAUAAUCUAUGUAAUAUUUUUUAAUAAUAUACGAUUUUAGAAUAAUUUAUGGUAGACCUGCGUUAUGAACUAGUAGAAUUUUAAUUAAUGUAAAAAAGAUCGACAUUCAAGCUGACACUAUUCUACGAAUAUAUUAUUAAUAAUUUCUAUAUAACUAUAUAGUAUGUUGAUUUGCAUUAAUACUGAUUAAAUUAGAAAUUUAAUAAUUUAUAGUAAGUUAUUUGAUAAAUCUCGAUAUUUUACAUCUCGUUCGUCAGCUUGCCAUCUGUAAUUUGAUUUUUAUUUUUUACUAUACUCCAAAAACAAACA